UGCUGAUGUCGCUUGCCGCGUCUGCCAGCGUCUGCCGCGUGAAAUACCUCGGCAGGCGCGGUAUAACCUGUAUAACCUCAAUUCUUUAGUACCUCAGUCGCAGUUAUCAGAGUUGUCAGUUAUCACGUUAUCAGUUUAAUCAGUAAAUAAUGUCUGCGAAAAUGAAAAUUCAUGAGUGGUUGCAGUGCAUUCAUAUAAUUAACGAACAAAAUGCAGAAGCAGACCGACGUGACAAGCUGCUCGGAUCAUUAGCUUUGUUAUUAGCUAGAAAAAAGAAACGGAUUAACAAAAAAAAGCGUUUCUGGGUUGCGCCAAUUUUAAAAAAACGCUGUGAGUAUGGUUUUUACCAUGCCUUACUGCCAACACUAAAAUUGGAAGAUCUGUCGUUCCAUAAUUAUUUUCGGAUGUCAACCACGCAAUUGGAAGAGUUGUUAGCUAUUGUAGGCCCACAUAUGGAGAAACAAUACGUCGUGCGAGAACCGAUAGGUGCAGCAGAACGAUUGACAUUGACAUUACGAUUUCUGGCAGCUGGUGACUCCAUGUCUUCAAUGAUGUAUCAAUAUUUGAUAGGUUUGACGACUGUAAGCAAUAUUAUUGCUACAACGUGCAAGACUAUUUGGGAACACCUGUGUCCUUUGGUCCUUCCACCUCGACUAUUCGAAGAUGACUGGCGGAGGAUCGCAGAAGAUUUUGAAGAUAUAUGGGACUUUCCGCAUUGCAUUGGGGCAAUCGAUGGAAAGCACGUAACCAUUCAAUGUCCGGACAAUGCUGGCUCCAAUUUCUAUAACUACAAACACAGUCACAGCAUUGUGCUAUUAGCUAUUUGUGAUGCCAAUUACGUUUUCCGGUUCGUCGAUAUUGGUGCAUAUGGCAGACGAAGUGAUGGAGGCAUUUUUCGUGAAAGCCGAAUGGGUCAACAACUUGAUGCAGGGAAAAUGAAUAUCCCAAAAUCGGACAGUUUUUAUAAAGGAGGACCGUCUUUGCCUUACUGCAUUGUCGGGGAUGAAGCCUUCCCACUAAAGUCAUAUUUGCUACGACCAUUCUCUGGAAAGAAUAACUUGUCUGCCGAACAGCACAUUUAUAAUUAUAGACUCAGCAGAGCCAGGCGAGUGAUAGAGAACUCUUUUGGAAUACUUGCUAGCCAGUGGCGAAUUUACCGAAAACCCAUCAUUAGUAGCGUGGAAACUGCUAUGAAGAUUGUGCAAGCUACAAUCUGCAUUCAUAACUGGCUCCGCAAGAGUGACAUCGAGAACAGCUACAUUUUACCAAAUAUGCUAGAUAGAGAGACGGCAGAGGGUGAUCACAUGCAAGGUUCGUGGAGGAUGAUUAUCGAAAAUGGUUGUGCAUUCGGGAACAUCUCCAAAUGUAGCACAAAUACAAGUACUCAAGAUGCUAUGCUCAUUAGAGAUGAAUUUUGUAAAUAUUUCAAUAAUGAAGGCUCAGUGGCAUGGCAAAACGAUCAAUGAUACUAUAUCUGAAUAUUACCUUGUUUCAUUUGUAAUAUAAUUCGUAUAUUAUGUACUCCACAAAAUGUUUUUUUUACCACUAAGUAAUCGUUAUUUGUAUACUACACGUGUAAAAGUAAUAAAUUAUACAUUUAUUAAUUAUAAA